CAAAUAUUUAUGAUAGACAAUAGAUUUGACAUUAUGACUACUAUCUCCAAAGAGGAAGAUGCUACGUACUUACACGUGCAGGACUAUCUCUUCUCUGAUUUUGUCAUUAAAGCCUUCAACCCAAAGAAGUAUGCUUCUUACCAAGAAGCAGCGGAGGCUAUAAUGAGAGAGAGGAAGCUUUCCAUCCUUUUUGAGGGACAUCCAAAUAUAGUCCAAGCUUUCGGAGGAUCUAUAGAAGGAGUUUAUCUCUGGAAAGAGUCUAAGAAGACUAUAAUGUACUCUAUUCAUGAGCAUUGCCAGAUAAAUACAGUGAAGAGUAUAAUGGAGUUGGAAGGAACCUUCAGUGUUGAGGCUGCUAUUAAGGUGAUGAAAGAGAUCCUCUGUGCACUUAAGUUCAUGCACGAGAGGGAAUUCGCUCAUUUAAAUCUUUGUCUUGAUAAUAUCUGACUAGACCAGAGUAUGACUGCAAAGUUAGCGAAAGCUGAGAAAGCUCAAUACUCAGAUUGCUCAGAUUCAAAAGUGAAAAAUAAAACUGGUGUAUCGUAUUUUAAGGCUCCUGAAAUGGCUCAAAACUGGGAUUAUCUCUAUGACCCAUUCAUGGCUGAUAUUUAUUCAUUAGCAAUUUGAGUAUUUGAAAUGAUAACAGGACAUCAGCCAAGUGAGCCUUAUCUACAAAGAGUCUUUUAUGAAUAUGAUUGAGACGAAAGAAUGGAAGAUUAUUUGAAUAAAGAAGACUUAGUAGACAAACCGGGAUACGAGUGUAUCCCAUCUGAUCUCAAAAUCCUAUUAUCAGAGAUGACUCUAAAAGAGCCUCUUAAUAGACCACCAAUUGAAGAAAUCGUUCAGUAUCCCCUCUUCAACUAAUUAAUAAGGAUAAACCUAAAGUCUCUA